CUUCACUGUUAAAGUCGGGCUCUGCAGGCGAGGCAAACAAUCAUGCUGCUGGUGUUGAGAGCUCUGCUGGUCCUGGCCACUCUGCUGCUCGCCACUAGGACCUUUCCUGCACAAGCGGUUUCCCCGAAGUUGGGGCAGGAAGCCAAACCAAAGGAGAGGACAGUGAGAUUAGUCCUGGAUCCCUCAGUGCAGACUCAGAUCUUCACCACGUCUGCCUCGACUGUCGCCAGUAUGUCUCUGACGCCGUGGACGUACAGAGACUCCUGUGUGCUGUCUCGGUUGCCUCAGCGGAUCUCUCAUGCUCAGUGCCUGACCAACAGCUGUCUCAGCCUGCAGGGGGGAGGUGAGGAUGUAGCCCUGGUGGCCAAACCUAUCUACUACGAGGUCCUGGUUCUGCACAGAGUCCCAAGACGAGAUAACAAAGGAGGGAAGAAGAAGAAGAAGAAUACCAAGUAUGACUUCAGACUGGGGACAGAGGUGAUCACAGUGGGUUGUACCUGUGUGAGGCCCAGUGUCAUACCACAGCAGUAACACACUGGAGUUUUUUGAUCUAAGCAACUAUUUUAGCAUAUUGUAAAUGUUUUAUUGCUCUCUAACUUAAACCUGUAUUAGAAAAUAUUUUUAAUUAAGUUAUCGCUGAAUCAAAUGACUUUGUAAUGUAUUUAAUGUGCCACUUUCUAAUGUUACCGUCUAGCAUUUAACAUGACAGCCAACAGAACUUGAUACACUGGUGAUUAAAUAACUGCAAAGUGCUGUGUUUCCCCCUAGUGGUAUAAAGUGCUUAAUGUAGCUUUAUAAUAAUUCUUAUUU